CUCGCCGCUCACUCGAUCCCCCAGCCCUUCCUGCGCCUUCGCCCCCCGCCUGCCCAGCCAUGGAGGCCAUCAAGAAGAAGAUGCAGUUGCUGAAGCUGGACAAGGAGAAUGCCAUGGACCGGGCCGAGCAGGCGGAGUCGGACAAGAAAGCUGCUGAGGAGAAGUGCAAGCAGGUAGAGGAGGAGCUGACGCACCUCCAGAAGAAGCUGAAGGGGACGGAGGAUGAGCUGGACAAAUACUCCGAGGACCUGAAGGACGCGCAGGAGAAGCUGGAGCUGACGGAGAAGAAAGCCUCCGACGCUGAAGGUGAUGUGGCAGCUCUCAAUCGACGCAUCCAGCUCGUUGAGGAGGAGUUGGACAGGGCUCAGGAACGACUGGCCACAGCCCUGCAGAAGCUGGAGGAGGCAGAAAAGGCUGCAGAUGAGAGCGAGAGAGGAAUGAAGGUGAUAGAAAACCGGGCAAUGAAAGAUGAGGAGAAGAUGGAGAUUCAGGAGAUGCAGCUCAAAGAGGCCAAGCACAUUGCUGAGGAGGCUGACCGCAAAUACGAGGAGGUAGCUCGUAAGUUGGUCAUCCUGGAGGGCGAGCUGGAGAGAGCAGAGGAGCGUGCCGAGGUGUCUGAACUAAAAUGUGGUGACCUGGAAGAAGAACUCAAGAAUGUCACUAACAACCUGAAGUCGCUAGAGGCUGCAUCUGAAAAGUAUUCUGAAAAGGAGGAUAAAUAUGAAGAAGAAAUUAAACUUCUGUCUGACAAACUGAAAGAGGCUGAGACCCGUGCCGAAUUUGCAGAGAGAACAGUUGCAAAACUGGAAAAGACAAUUGAUGACCUGGAAGACGAGCUAUAUGCUCAGAAGCUCAAGUACAAAGCUAUCAGCGAGGAGCUGGACCAUGCUCUCAACGACAUGACCUCUCUCUAAGAGGCGGCUGGGGUGCUGCCCUCUGUCCUAGCAAUACUGAAGUCUGCUUCAAUACUGUGGUGCCUAUACUCCUGUGGGCUUCUAGAAGCUAGAAGCUCCAGUUUCCUGCCUCCUGGUUUGACCUUUCAAGCCUUCUUCUGCUGUGUCUGUGACUGUGUGACAGAAAUAAAGUCAGGCAGUCCUCACCUUCAUGCCCUCUCAUUUUCAUUUUCUCCACUUGCCGCUUUUGAGCCGUAGCUAUGAGGCCCUUGACCAUGAUUGCAACCAAAAGUGAGUGGUUCAAAUGAAGAGCUCAUUUCAAAAAGAAAAUUAUGCCCACAUGAUUCUUUUCUGACAAUGUAAAAACAAAAGCCAACUUGGCCUGAGCUCUCAAAUGUAUUAGCUAACUGUAUCUGCAUGCCAAUAGCAGUUUUUCCUUAAAUAGAAAUUAUGUUGAAUGGAGACUCAUCCAACCUCCUGAGCAGCUUAAUAGAGUCAGCAGAACUUGCAAAAACCAGCAGGCUUAUCGCUAAAAAGAGGCUACCUUUGGAUGGGGCUUCAUCUGUGGAUUCAAAUAGCGGCAAUGGCAUUUUGGCCUCCUUAGUCCUCCUUUUCUCAUGUUUUCUCUGUGAUAUACUCGGAGAGUGGUGCCUGGGGUUCCCUAUGUCUUCAUUGUUCACUGAACACCUCUCCAGCUCCCAGUCCUGGGAGGAAGCUCACCUCUAUACCCUGCCCUUAGAAAACAACAAUACAAGGAAUUAAAAGGCAUCCCAUUAACAGGGCAAGGGAAUGGAAGCUGCUGGAAUGCCAAACAAAGGAAGUGAGGUGAUUCUUUCCUGAGUUCCAAACGAAGUUGCCUGAGAUGCUAACAUCUAUCUCCCCUCAUACUUGAGUUAACUAGAGCCAGGAACCUUGGUUUAGUGACAGCUCAUAAAAUUUGCGUGUGGGUGUUAAAAGCUCACACCUAUGGUGACCAAAAGCUCAUCAGUUUUCCCAAGAGAAUCCAAAUUUUAAAUAGUCUGUCUGGCUCUCCCCUGCACCCCACUGCUGCCACCACCUUAAAUUGUCCCAGAAACACUGACAUUUUGAUGUCCAAGCCGUCUUCCAGACUGCCCCUUGAACCUGAAAAUGGCAUGAAAAGCUCCAGUGAGAUCAUUAAUUUUUGGUCACUAUAGCUUGUUAUUCCUCAUCCAGUAAUUUUUUAUUUAGGUGGGAACCUCCGUCACAAUUCUUUAUAUUCAGUCCUCCAAAAUACAUCUUCCCUAAACUACCCAUGCCCUUCCACCUCCAACCUUUCUCUGUUCCUAACUGCCGUCCACCCUGAACUUCUGCAUAAACCACUCCCCUCGCAUAUUGCUAUACAUAUGCCCCUGGAAAGAUUAAACUGUGUAGGGGUAGGUGUUUUUUGUUUUCUCUCUCUGCAUAUUUGUUCCUGAGAUUUUUCCAGCCAUAUGUAGCCUCCACCCUUUGAAAUAACUGCAGCCCUGUCUAUCCAGUCAGUCUGCAUAACUAAGCACCUAGGUGGAACUUCAUUUAGCGAUUAGGGCUAUGGAGAUCUACUUCUACCUGUUGACAGCGUGGGGGCCUGUCACAUUCUCAAGGGCAAUUAACACUUUAGGGGAAAGUUAGUCUCAGACCUAAUGAUAAAGUAGAUGCCAGGGAAUCCAAGUGGCAAGGUGUGAAGUGAGGUCGAGAUUUGGAGUUGGGAAACCUGGGUUUACAUCCCAGCUCUACCAUUUUAGCUGUGCAACCCUGAACAAGCUGCUUAGCUUUUUUGCAAAAACAAAAGUGAUAGCUCAGUUGUUGAGGAUUAAAUGAGGUAAUGGAGAAAUUGGUUCACACAUAGUAGGCCCUCAGUGACUUCUGUUAAUCCAGACUGGACAGGCCCAAGUAACUGUCCUCUGAGAGAAUCCUCCCAGAUCAUAGUCACUAGAUUAGAUUUUUUAAAGUGCCACAUCAAAUGAAAGGUUCAGUAGUUUUAGUUGAAAGGCUGCCAUCUUUUGCAGUCAUUUUUAUUCUUUCUGAAAAUUUCCAAGCUGAUCAUAUCACAUUUUAAGAGGCAUUUUGCUUUCCUCUGGUAUUUUAAUAAGUCUUGGCCUAGUCCUUAUCAGCCAUCACUCAUUGCAAACCAGUUCUCUCUCAUGCUCUGUCAUGCACAGCCCUAGAUGGCAUCUUAGAUUUUUGGGUUUUGUUGGGUUUUUUUUAUUUGUUUCAUCAGCUCAAUUACUUAAUAAUGUACCUAUAGUCUGUCUUAAAUUUCAAUCAUGUUGCAUUUACCUGCAGUUUGACUACACUGCUAUGGACACCUAGAAACAAUUACACAAUUAUGCCUGGAAUUUAAACAGCCAUUCCCAGAAGCUCCAAAGGAAAGAUGGGUUACAGGAUUAUCUUUCCCUACCAUAAGCUCAAGGAUCAAUUAACCAGCACUAGGGAGAAAAUGUAUUAAGUCAUCCAUAUCUUGGACUAAAAUCUGUGUAGCAUUUCAUAAGUUCUGAAGCAUUUCUCAUUUGUUCCUCAUAAUAACCCCCAUGCCACACAAUGGUAUUAUUAUCCCCAUUUGAUAGAUGGGGAAACUGAGACCUAGAAAGGUUAAAUGGCUUACUUCAUUGGCCCAACUGGGGCUUAAAUCCAGGUGUUCUGACUCUAGGAUUGCCAGAUUUAUCAUAUUAAAACAUAGAACACCCAGUUAAAUUUGACUAUCAGAUAGGCAAUGAAUAAAUUUUUAGCAUAAGUAUAUCUCAAGCAACAUUUGGGAUACACUUGUGUUAAAAAAUGUAUUCGUUGUUUAUCUGAAAUUCAAAUUUAACGGAGCACCUGUAUUUUAUUUUGCAACCCUAUCUGGCUCCCAAACUUGGCAUUUAGUGUCUACUAGUCCACGGUGUUCUGCUAUAAUUAAAAUGUAGAGUACCUUCUCUGCUCUUUCACUCUGGCAAUGUGGAGUUUAGAAACCUUUUUUUUUUUUUCCUUUAACAAAGAUGCUUAUUAAUUUAUUUUUCCCUCAUUCUUAAUUCU